AUGUCUCUAUCAUUGUAAAUUCAUGCUGAAAAACGAUAGUAAUUUGUUUGCCAACAAGUUAAUGGGCUACAAGCUCUAUUUCAAAAGUGGACCAAUACCAACAAUCUUAGUGAAGAUAUUAAUUAAUCCUCCUUAAUAGAAGAGUAAGUCACUUAAAGCAAAACAGCCACAAAUAAUUCUCAUUUUUAAGGUUUCCUAACCUGCUUACUUUCAUUGAAUAACGACCAACUGAAAUGCUAAACUAUCAAAUCCCUUUAAUAAAAUUUUGACUACAUGCAUUAAGUUCUAGAAAAUGAGCUUAAACUCUAUCAAUAACGCCUAAUUACCAGGGAUCUAAACCAAUUAGAAGAAAAGAAAGGUCGUCAGUUUUCAAAAAAGUCUAAAAUAAUUCUUAAAGUGUGGUUGUAUAGACAUUUUUCAUAUCCGUAUCCAACAAAGGAAUAAACAAUAUAAUUGUCUGAGAAGUAGUCAUUAUAAUUUAACAAUUAGAUUUAAAUUUGGUUUAUAAAUGCAAGAGUUAGAAUAGACAACAAAAUUUAUGAGAAAAAGAAAUUUAAUAACAUUGUAAAAUACAAAUACUUCUCAAUUAAUAAGCCUUAGGUGAAGCUCAGAUGA